AAGGGAAGAUGCCUUGAACAUUUGGACUUUACCAUUAAAUUUGCAAGGUCAUAUGUUCAUUCAAACACCGUUAAUGAUUCAAGCAGACAGUGUUCAAUUUCCUUCAAACUCCAUUCAAAUUCAUCAUUAGUCCAUUCAAAAAACCAUGCCUUAACCAAACUUGGCUUCAUAUUCAUAAACCAUUACAAUCUACAUUUCAAUAAUCAUAUCAUUACAAACCCACAAAAAAUUACAAGUGAAUUCACUUUGCCUAAGUUAAUUAAGAUCCACGUUAUCUUCUUCCUAGAUUCCAAUACACUCCUCCUUCCUAAAUUCCAUGCUAUGCCCAAUCUACAAAUAUACCAGAUGUUUUAUUUACAACAACUUCAACGCAUACUACAACAACUUCAUCAUCAAAUCCUCAAUCUGCAACGGUUUUCAAACAACAAUGCAAAAACCGCAUGGUGUGAACUUCACGCAUCUUCUCUGCACCUGUUUCAGUUUUCGAUUUUAAUCGCACAACAUCACCAUAAUUCGAUCUUCAUCAUCUCAGCAACGCAACUACUUCACCCGCAACAACAUCAACACUUCCCUUCUUCGAUCACCUUCAACCUGUUUCUUCACCGCAGCAACAAUUUGAGUACGACAACGGCAUUAUACAACAUCAUACAUCGCACAAUACAGAAACAAUAA